GCAGAAAGGCCAGCAGUGAAGCAUGAAGCCCGGCCUGCCCCUUUAAGACACCAUGAUAACCCACACCCUGUAUCGAGAGAGCCGGACACCGUGCCAAAAAUACGGAAAACGAGGAAGGUGCUUGGAUGGGCAUAUACCUACCGAAAACCAGGUCCUGCGGCCGUUUACUACCCUCCCAGACCUCGAUCCAAACAGGGUCUUACCCCUAAGCACGGCUCACAAGCUUGGAUGGCCGGCAUUCAACAGGAUACACAGCAGCUUGGCAGAGAAUCCCGAGCCCAUGUCCUGGUCUCUUCAGAUGACAGGAUAUGUGAGAUUGAUGUGCAGGACUGUGCAAGAGUCUGGGGCUGGUGGGGAGCUGAUUUCAGUGAUAUAUGCUACACACAAUAUCAG